UCAGCCAGGAAACGAAGUGGUCGAAUACCGCAUGAGAGUUCACAUAUUUGGGAACAGUCCAUCACCUGCAAUCGCCAUUUAUGGCCUACGGAGGGCAGCAAAGGAAAUGGAGCAAGUGUAUGGCAGCAAAACAACAGAGUUGGUGGAGAGACAUUUUUACAUGGGCGACGCACUGCUGUCUUUCACAUCAGAAGCUGAGGCCACAAAGACAGUAGAGCAGCUUCAAGAAAUGCUAUCCGUUUCCAACCUGCGACUUCACAAGAUAGCAUCAAACAGUGUCAAUGUCAUCAACCACCUCCCAGCUGAAGACAGAGCCAAGGAUAUAAAAGAUCUGGACCUGUUCACAGAUGAUCUUCCCGUACAGCGCAGCCUGGGGGUUAUCUGGAACCUUAAGUCAGACACUUUUACAUUCAAGGUCCCAGAAAAUCAGAAACCAUUCACCAGACGCGGUGUGCUGUCUACGGUAAAUAGCUUAUUCGACCCGUUGGGCUUUCUAGCACCUAUCACAAUAAGAGGAAGAAAGAUUCUCAGGGACAUUACUACAGACAAUAUUGAGUGGGAUGCUCCUCUGCCUCAAAGUAAAUAUGAAGAGUGGAGACGCUGGCAAGAGUCCCUCUCAGUUUUGAAAAAUCUUCACAUUCCCAGAACAUACGUCACAUUUCCGGUGAGUCAAGCCAAGACGAUUGAGCUGUGUGUUUUUUCUGACGCAUCAGUACAGGCUAUCUCAGCUGUCGCAUAUUUAAGAGUCACCCAUGAUGAUGGUCAUCAUGAAGUGGGGUUCAUCUUUGGCAAAUCAAAACUUGCCCCCCAGCCUGAGUUGACAGUCCCCAGAUUAGAACUCUGUGCAGCUGUCCUAGCAGUAGAAGUUGCGGAAACUAUUAUGCAUGAGAUAGAUGUAAAACUGGAUGCUGUCAGGUACUUCUCAGAUAGCAAGGUAGUUUUAGGCUACAUUCAUAACGAGAGAAGAAGAUUUUACGUCUUUGUCAGUAACAGAGUGCAGCGCAUCAGACAAGUGUCUCAGCCUAAUCAGUGGAGAUUUGUGCCCACUGAACUCAAUCCAGCGGAUUGUGGCUCGAGAUCAGUUGCAGCAGAAGAGCUUGUCAACACCCUCUGGUUAACUGGACCAAGAUUCCUCACAGACAUCGACUCGACAAAGAUUGGUUCAGACGAAAAAUACUUGCUUAUCAAUCCAGAUGAUGACACAGAGGUCAGGGUGAACGACACCAAUGUGGUAACAGAGUCAUCAACUCUCAAACUAUUUUCAAGUCGCUUUGAACAUUUUUCCAACUGGAAAUCUCUCCUGAAAGCGGUUGCCAGACUCAUUCACAUCGCUCAAAGCUUCUCAAACAAAAACAGCAACAGCUGUCGAGGCUGGCAUUACUGCAACAACAUCUCAUCUUCAGAAAUGGAUAAAGCAGAGCGACUGGUCCUUCGCACAGUGCAACAACAGUGCUUCUCACAGGAAAUCUCUGCAGUCAGGAAAGACAAAAGUCUAUCAAAGAACAGCCCUAUUCUCAGACUCAAUCCAUUCAUCGACAAUGAGGGGCUCCUAAGAGUUGGAGGACGUUUGCAGCAUUCUACGUUACAAAGAAACGAGUCAAAUCCAGUCAUAAUACCCAACAAACACCACAUUGCAACUCUGCUAGUGCGCCAUCAUCACGAGAGAGUGAAACACCAGGGAAGGCAUCUAACGGAAGGAGCCGUUCGCACCAGUGGACUGUGGUUGGUUGGAGGUAAGCGGCUCAUAGGCACCAUCAUUCACAAGUGUGUGUUUUGCAGAAAGUUACGUGGACUGUCAGAACAACAGCUCAUGUCUGACCUACCUGAAGAAAGGCUCAAAGUGGACCCACCAUUCUCAUAUGUGGGCUUGGAUGUCUUUGGCCCGUGGGAGAUUGUGACAAAACGUACAAGAGGAGGCCAAAUAAACAACAAGAGGUGGGCAGUGUUGUUUACAUGCAUGUCUACUAGGGCCAUCCACAUUGAAGUCGUGGAAACAAUGACUGCCGCAAGCUUUAUCAAUGCUCUCCGGAGAUUCUUUUCACUCCGCGGACCAGCCAAGCAACUCAGGUCCGACAGAGGGACCAACUUUAUUGGCGCCUGUAAUGAGCUGAAACUAUCACCGCAAGAUGUCGAUAACACGAUCAAAGACUAUCUGACAGAACAGAGGUGCACAUGGGAAUUCAACCCGCCCCAUGCGUCCCACAUGGGUGGGAUUUGGGAAAGAAUGAUUGGGGUUUCUCGCCGCAUUCUAGAUGCUCUACUCCUAGAUGUGAAGCAACCUCAGCUCACCCACGAAAUCUUGGUGACCUUCAUGGCAGAGGUCACAGCUAUUGUUAAUGCCAGACCCCUUGUGCCGAUUUCCACAGACCCUGAAGCUCCACUGGUCUUAACACCAGCUAUGCUUCUUACUCAGAAAACAGGAGCACCUCCGCCAGUUCCAGACAACCUGAAAGAGAGGGACGUCUUCAAGAGCCAAUGGAAGAGAGUUCAGAUACUAGCCAACAACUUUUGGACAAGAUGGCGGAAAGAAUAUCUCUGCACCCUUCAAGGUCGUCAAAAAUGGUUCGUAAAGAAAACAAAUCUCAAGGAAGGAGAUGUUGUCCUCCUGAAGGAUUCCACUGUAAAGCGCAACGAGUGGCCCAUGGGACUUGUUGUUAAGACAUACCCCAGCAAGGACGGACUUGUAAGAAAGGUGGAUGUUAAAGUUGCAAGACAUCAGGGUGUAAAGACAUUCAGUCGACCAAUCUCAGAAUUGGUUCUUCUGUUGACACCUAGUAAUGUGGACAUUUGAGUUAGUGGCAUCUCUUAAAGACGCCAGGCGGGGAGUGUAGUGAAACCUGUCUAGUUUAAUGUUAUCCAAUGUUGAGUUCACCUACUGAGGCCACCUAGUGACAAACGUUAUAUUUGGUCUAAUACUGGUUCACUGACGCCAUCUUGAGGUCACUUUUAUUACUACACUUUGUUUACUGAAAGGAAAAAAGACCUGUUGAUCCAUGUGCUCAGACAGAAGCCCCUUUUGUUGUGUUUUCUUUUAGUUAAAUGCAAAAAAGGGAAAACGGCAUCGUCUUUUUACACGAUUCUCAUUAAACCCUGCUAAAGAAUCAAAUGGAGUGCUUCUUGGUGGACGGAUGGGAAAGUGUUUAGCUACCUGUA